UUUCAGAAGAAGCCCAAGCUAGGACCUUAAGAACAGCUUUAACCUUUAAAAUAUCUUAGCUCAAAGAUAAAAAUAACCAUCCUCAGCGGUAGGCGUGUCAAAAUCUUGCUAUCUCUUGAAUUCCUUUCACACAGGCUGAGAAAGAGUAUAGGGAGGGGGAGCACUUAUUGCAUCCCGCUGUCUUCUCCCCCCCCCCCCCCCCCAAGCCUCUGUGAAGAUGAGGAACAAAAAAGUGAGGAUACUCGCAAUAUCAACAAUAGUCUUGCUCCUCUUCGUGACUCUAAUUCUUUUCCUCAGUACUCGUGGCUCAAAAGCCUUCUUUCUCGUCGGCAGUUGCGACGCCACAUUUAUCUUCGUGAUCCUCGUCUGGGCCUUCGUGCAGGACUUUUUGGUGCCCAGAGAAUUCAUAGGCUCCAGGGAAGUAAGUAUCAUCGCCUGGAUAGCUGUAGUCCCCCUCCUUGCCUUGGUUGUUCUGUUAUGCGUUCGUGUUAAAUCCUCCAUCAUCUUCUACGUGACUUCCUCUUUAGAUGUUGCCGCUUUUUUCCUAUAUGGCCUCACGGCAGCUAUCCCAAGAAUUAUGGCGUGGCAAAGGAGAGACGCAGGGAAUAGCGAGCUCGAUUUAGAGGAGGAAAGACACCUUGGGUAUAGCUUUCUCGGUGAGGUGGUCGGCUUGCCCAAACGAAUCCCCUACAGAGAGCUGAAGGAAGCGACUAGAAACUUCCAAACUCCUAUAGGGAGAGGCGGGUCCGGUUCGGUGUUCAAGGGGAUCCUCGGCGACGGCUUGCCCGUUGCCGUGAAACGGAUCGAGGGAGAAUUACGUGGCGAGAGAGAGUUCCGGUCAGAAAUCACGGCCAUCUUGAGCGUACAGCAUGUUAGCCUCGUGCGCAUAGUCGGAUACUGCAUUAUUCCGAGAAGCUAUCGCUUCCUUGUGUACGAGUACUUUGAGAAUGGCUCCUUGGACAAUUGGAUCUUUCCGAAGGCGGGAAGAGAGAACAAUUGCCUGAAUUGGGCGUUGAGAUACCAAGUAGCUAUAGAUGUUGCAAAGGCCUUAGCUUACCUCCACCAUCAGUGCCGACAAAGGAUCUUGCACCUCGAUGUGAAGCCAGAGAACAUCCUCGUAGAUGAGAAUUUCCGAGCGCAUGUUACGGACUUCGGCAUAUCGAGAUUACUGGGUGUUGAUGAAACGAGCGUGAUUACAACCGUCAGAGGCACUAGAGGCUACUUAGCUCCCGAGUGGUUCUUAGGAGGAGGCAUAUGCGAGAAAUCCGACGUUUAUGGCUACGGAAUGGUGCUAUUUGAGCUCAUGAGUGGGAGAAGGAACAUAAAUUUUAUCGACGAAGGAGGCCACAUUUCGCAGAGGAGAUGGUCGUAUUUCCCCAAGAACGCGAGUGAGAAGAUGAAGGGAGGGAAUUUGAUGGAGUUGGUGGAUCAGAGAUUGAUCGGAAGUGGAGAUGUUAAAGAGGAGGAGGUGAAGACUUUGGUUUACGUGGCCUUUUGGUGCAUACAAGAGAAACCCGAGCUUAGGCCGAGUAUGGAGAUGGUAGCUAACAUGCUACAAGGCUACGUAACAGUGGGCAUGCCUCCAGACACUAAGAUAUUCCUAGCAGAAUCCCCCGCGCCCACUUACUUGGAGCUUAGCUCCGGUUCAACUAUGGCUGGUAGUACUACUUCGGAUGGAACUGAACUGCCUCCCAUAUCGAUGUCCUCAUCUUCUGCAUCUAAUCAGCUCGGUAGGUAUAGCUGGUUUUCUGAUUUCAUACUAUUUACAUAUUCAAGUGUUGUGAAAGUGAUGUCCUCAGCGGCAGGCGUGUCAAAAUCUUGCUAUUUCUUGAAUUUGUUAGGUCUAUCAAUCACACAGACUGACAAGAGUAUAGGAGGAACACUUAUUGCAGCCCCCUAUCUUCCCUCAUCCUCUGUGCAGAUGAGGAUACUCACAAUAUCAACAUUAAUCUUUCUCCUCUUCCUGACUCUAAUUCUUUUCGUUAGUACUCCUGGUUCAAAAGGCUUCUUUCUUGUUGGCAGUUGCAACGCCACAUUUAUCUUUGUGAUCCUCAUCUGGGCCUUUGUGCAAGACUUUUUGGUGCCAAGAGAAUUCAUAGGCUCCAGGGAAGUAAAUAUCAUCACCUGGAUAACUGUAGUCCCCCUCCUUGCCUUGGUUGUUCUGUUAUGCGUUCGUGUUAAAUCCUCCAUUAUCUUCUACGUCACUUUUUCGUUAGAUGUUGCAGCUUUUUUCCUGUAUGGCCUCACGGCGACUAUCCCAAGAAUUAUGGCAUGGCAAAGGAGAGACGCAGGUAAUAGCGAGCUGGAUUUAGAGGAAGAAAGACACCUUGGAUAUAGCUUUUUCGGUGAGGUGGUGGGCUUGCCCAAACGAAUUCCCUACAGAGAGCUGAAGGAAGCAACUAGAAACUUCCAAACUCCUAUAGGGAGAGGCGGGUCCGGUUCGGUGUUCAAGGGGAUCCUCGGCGACGGCUUGCCCGUUGCCGUGAAACGGAUCGAGGGAGAAUUACGUGGCGAGAGAGAGUUCCGGUCAGAAAUCACGGCCAUCUUGAGCGUACAGCAUGUUAGCCUCGUGCGCAUAGUCGGAUACUGCAUUAUUCCGAGAAGCUAUCGCUUCCUUGUGUACGAGUACUUUGAGAAUGGCUCCUUGGACAAUUGGAUCUUUCCGAAGGCGGGAAGAGAAAACAAUUGCCUGAAUUGGGCGUUGAGAUACCAAGUAGCUAUAGAUGUUGCAAAGGCCUUAGCUUACCUCCACCAUCAGUGCCGACAAAGGAUCUUGCACCUCGAUGUGAAGCCAGAGAACAUCCUCGUAGAUGAGAAUUUCCGAGCGCAUGUUACGGACUUCGGCAUAUCGAGAUUACUGGGUGUUGAUGAAACGAGCGUGAUUACAACCGUCAGAGGCACUAGAGGCUACUUAGCUCCCGAGUGGUUCUUAGGAGGAGGCAUAUGCGAGAAAUCCGACGUUUAUGGCUACGGAAUGGUGCUAUUUGAGCUCAUGAGUGGGAGAAGGAACAUAAAUUUUAUCGACGAAGGAGGCCACAUUUCGCAGAGGAGAUGGUCGUAUUUCCCCAAGAACGCGAGUGAGAAGAUGAAGGGAGGGAAUUUGAUGGAGUUGGUGGAUCAGAGAUUGAUCGGAAGUGGAGAUGUUAAAGAGGAGGAGGUGAAGACUUUGGUUUACGUGGCCUUUUGGUGCAUACAAGAGAAACCCGAGCUUAGGCCGAGUAUGGAGAUGGUAGCUAACAUGCUACAAGGCUACGUAACAGUGGGCAUGCCUCCAGACACUAAGAUAUUCCUAGCAGAAACCCCCGCGCCCACCUACUUGGAGCAUAGCUCCGGUUCAACUAUGGCUGGUAGUACUACUUCGGAUGGAACUGAACGGCCUCCCAUAUCGAUGUCCUCAUUUUCUGCAUCUAAUCAGCUCGGUAGGUAGUGUUUUUAUUUUGAUAUGGUGAUGAUAGAGUAAUCUGCACUAUGGUUGUUUCCAGCUCUUCUGGUUGUCCAACAUGAUCUUAUUAACUUUUGCUGUUCUCUAUAUGUUUAUUUUAUAUAUGUCAGUCCUGAUUUUGACUGGUUAAUUAAGGAUUCCUUCUGCCAUGAUCAUGCUUGUUUGCUAUUCA